AUCUAACUUAACUAUUUUUAAUUUAUAAAUUAAGAACAAAGCACAUUUUAAGAGCGAUUAAUAAAAAAGUGUUUCAAAAACCAAAUAGAACGAUAGUAAUGAAUAGAAGGGAGUAUAUAAGUCCAAGCUUAUGUAGUUAUGUACGUCAUAUUGUCGGAGAUAAAAAUAUACGUAGUCUAAAGUUAAUGCUCUUCCCAAAAUUGUAUAUGACAUCAUUACAGGUGUUAAUUCUGCGAAUAAAGUCAAUAAUAUCAAACUUAUCACUAAUUCAAAGCCACACCAAAUCUAAAGACCCCCUCAAAAGAUUAUAUCAAACAACAAUAUCAUAGAGCGAAUGCUUCAGUGUUAGAUCUCCUUUAUAAUGAUCGUGUCUUUGUCUACAUAGAAAUUUGUUUGAUUAAAAUUAUUAGGUAUUUAAUUGAUUAUUACUCUAUUGUAAAUUUCGGAUGACAUACUUUAUCAAUAACUUAUUACUUUCCUUAACAAAAAUGCUCUUCCCUAAAAAGGCCAUAAACUUCGUUCCACCUAAAACCUUACACUGAGUGCAUGUCAAUUAACAAUAACAUAUUCAUGUGCCACAUUAUCUUGUCAGGGUCCCAUAACCAUAAUUCAUUUUCAUUCCCCUUCCUAUUUAAAUCUUCCCCUAGCAUAAUUCCUACCUCAUCAAAACAAACACAAAAACAAAGAGAUGCGAAGCUAGAAAAAAUCUACAAGAAUGGCAAUAUUAGGAAUGCGUUUCACCGCAUUAACAGUGGUCUUAGCCAUGGCUUGCGUUUUCACCUCGUUCCAGAACGACAAUUUAAUGGCAUAUGGGCAGUGUGAGGGAGAUAUCACAAGCAUAAUUAGCCAAUGUGCCAAGUAUGUUCGGAAGGCCGGACCUAAAAUGAGGCCUUCUAAAGAUUGUUGUGGUGUGGCUAGGAAUGCUGAUAUUCCAUGCCUAUGCAAGUACCUUACUAAGGACAUUGAACAAUAUAUUAGUGUUGAGAAGGCUGUUUAUAUUGCUCAAACUUGUGGUGUUGCUUUGCAACAUGGCUCUAAAUGUGGAAGCUACACAAUUCCAUGAGCUCCAACUACAAAAGCAACGGAAUUGAUGGCAUAUUAGCAAAUGUAACAUGCACUUUAGCAAACUAUAUAAUUAGAAUAAAUAAGAAUUGGCUUGCGUGAUGCUUACCAAUUUUAUAUCUAUGAUCUUAUGAUCUAAUCAAAUUGGGUUCAAACCCAAAUUGUAUUUUAUCUUAUUGUGAUCCAAAGCAAAUUGCUAUGAGUACUAUGUUUCAAUUAUAAUCAUGAUGUGCAUGUUUGCAUGCCAUGUCAUCUCAAUUUUAUUAGA